AUGUUCUGGUUAUACGAUUUAGCUGACGCGGAUCGAUUAAAAUUACCUUUGGAAAUGUAUGAGAAUCAUAAAGCUGCUAUCAUUGUUGUAGAUAUGGCUUCAUUCUCCACGCAAAUAAUUAUGAAAUCUGUUAUUCUGUUCACCAUCACAUUGUUUUCUGUAAUAAAUACCGCCCAAGGCAGUUUUUUUUAUGGAUAUGUCCAAGAUGGCAUAAAUAUAAUUUUAGAGCUUGGUAAAAGAUUUAUAGACUAUAUUUUACCGUUUCCUGUUUUUGCACCGACAACUGUAACACCAGCUAUGUUUAGUCAUCAUCAUCAUCAUCAUCAUCAUCAUCAUCAUCAUCAUCAUCAUCAUCAUCAUCAUCAUCAUCAUCAUCAUCAUCAUCAUCAUCAUCAUCAUCAUCAUCCAUCAUCAUCAUCAUCAUCAUCAUCAUCAUCAUCAUCAUCAUCAUCAUCAUCAUCAUCAUCAUCAUCAUCAUCAUCAUCAUCAUCAUCAUCAUCAUCAUCAUCAUCAUCAUCAUCAUGGUAA